CCUACUCCCUCCCUUCCCAUUUCCUCCCCCCGCUGAGCCUGGAAUUUCCCCCCAUCCAUCCCCCCCCCGUGGCCGAGCGAGCAGCACCCGCAGUUUAGUGGGCUCCAGCAGCGCCCCCCAACCCCGCCGCCGCCCAGGGCCUAGGUUCCUGCACUAUGGGCCCGACCCAGCGCUGCCUCUUCUGUCUCAAGCUGGAGCUUUUCAUCUUCAACCUGAUCUUCUGGCUGGGGGGCUGCGGGGCGCUGGGCGUGGGGCUCUGGCUCGCUCUCUCGCAGGGCCGGUUCUCCACACUGUCGCUUUCGCUCCCAUCCCUGGGGGUCGCCGGGCUGGUGAUGGCCGCGGGGGCUGUCGUGAUGGCCCUGGGCUUCCUCGGCUGUCUGGGGGCCGCCACCGAGCAACGCUGCCUCCUGCGGACGUUCUUCGUGGUUCUCCUCACCAUCAUCCUGCUGGAGCUGAGCGGGGGCCUGGCCUUCUACGCCUGCCGGGGGCAGUUUGACAGAUACGCUCAGGAUGACCUGAAGUUGGGGCUGCGGCGAUAUGGGGCCCCGGGGGAGCCGGCGCUGACCCAGGCCUGGGACACGGUGCAGACCGAGGUGAGCCCCCCUGGCACCCUGCAGUCCCCCCCUGCUAGUUCCCCCCCUUGUCUGACGCUCCUCUCCCCCGCAGUUCCGGUGCUGCGGGGUGCAGAAUUACACCGACUGGUUCGAGGUGCGCAACGGGACGGGGGUGCCCGAGUCCUGCUGCCUGGAGCACGGCACCCCCUGCUCCGGCAUCGGUGCCGCCUGGUGGAAGGAGCCCUGCUACGAGAAGGUGAAGUCCUGGGUGGGGGAGAACGUCUGGGCCAUGGGCAUUUUCGCUGCCUGCAUUACUGUCGUCCAGGUCCUGGGCCUUGUCUCCUCCAUGCUGAUGUAUUGCCAAGUGCUGAAGGUGGAGAAAUACUACCACUGAUGAGGGGGGCCUGGAGUCUGCCCCCCCAGUCCCUUUUACACCUGUUCCCCCUACCAGCCUGGCCUCCCAUCACCAACAGAGCAAGGGGUGAACCCCAGCCCUCCCCCCCACCCGCUUAAAGAGCCUGGGGGGAGUCACAUCCUACAGCAGGGGCUUGAAGUCCACGCUGGACUGAGACCAUUCUCCCCAGCCCACUAAUAUCCCCCUGCAGCUGAGAUGCAGUGGUGGGGGCACAGAGAGCCCUCUGCCACCCCCUGGCCUGUUUGGUUCCCCCAUGGAGGACAGCCCCCCGCACUCCCCAUUUCUGCUAUCCUGCCCUACGCCCAAAACAAUAAAUGGUUCUGUGUCUG